AUAUAAUUAAAGAUUUGACAAAUUUGAGAAUUAAUGAGAAUAAUGAGAUUGAGAAUGUAUCAGAAAAUAAUAAAGAUCAUCUUUAAUUAUUUCAUGGAAUGAUUUUGAAUAUGCUAUGUCUAUUAUGCAUCCAUUACAAAAAAUCGAAUUAGAAUCAAUUUUACCACAACAAAAAUGGAAUGAUAUAGGCGGAUAUGAACAUAUAAAAAAGAAAAUAAAACAAGCUGUAGAAUGGUCUAUUAUUAAACAUGAAACUUAUAAAAAAUUAGGUGCUAAACCAUUAUCAGGAAUAUUACUUUAUGGUCCAUCAGGAUGUGGAAAAACUUUAAUGGUACAAGCAUUAGUUACUGAAUCUCAUAUGAAUGUUAUAUGUAUUGAUGGGCCAAAAAUUUAUUCAAAAUAUUUAGGGGAUACAGAAAAAAUUAUAAGAGGUUUAUUUAAAAGAGCAAGACAAAUUAUACCAUGUAUUGUAUUUAUUGAUGAAUUAGAUUCAAUAGCUUCAAAAAGAGAGUGGGAUUGUAGUAAUUCAAGUGGAGUUAAUGAAAGAGUAUUAAGCACUUUAUUAAAUGAAAUAGAUGGUAUACAAGAAUUAAAACAAGUUAUUAUUAUUGGAUGUACCAAUAAACUUGAUCAAAUUGAUGAUGCAUUACUUAGACCAGGACGAUUUGAUCAAUUAAUUUAUAUUGGAUUACCUAACGAAUCAGAAAGAUUAAAUAUACUUCAAAUUAUGUCAAAAAAAGUUUCAUUUAACAAUGAUGUAAAUUUAAAUGAAUUAUCAAAAAGUACUAAUUUAUUUACUGGAGCUGAUUUAGAAAAUUUAAUAAGAGAAUCUGGAUUAUGUGCGUUAAGAGAAAAUAUACUAAGCACAAAAAUUUAUAAUAGACAUAUUGAAAUAGUAUUAAAAAAUAAGAUUAAAAAUUUAAAAUAAUAAUUUACUAAUUGUAAAUGAUUUUAAUAAAAAUUAAUAUAGCUUUUUUUUU